GUUUAUGAUGUAACCUCAUUUUUGGAUGAUCAUCCUGGAGGAGAUGAAGUCUUGCUAACUGCCACAGGCAAGGAUGCAACAGAUGAUUUUGAAGAUGUUGGUCACAGUGAUGAUGCAAGAGAGUUGAUGAAUAAGUACUUUAUUGGUGAAAUUGUCAGUUCCACUCUUCCUGUGGAACCCAAAUAUACCCCGCCAACCCAAGCGACACGAGUCGCUGGAGAACAGGGUUCAGGAAAUUUAUGGAAGAUAUUGCAAUUCUUGUUACCUUUGUUGAUAUUGGGUGGAGCACUUGCCUUCCGUUCCUUUUACCAGAAAGAAUAGAGAUCAACUGUCGUAUUUCAAGCUGCGAUGGGUAAUACAGCCUUCUCUGGUGCAGCUUGUAAUUUCAUUUGUUGUGUUCGAGUCUUAAAACUAGUGCCCUAUUCAGCUUAUGAGCAUUUGCUACCUUUGUUGGAUCCCCUACUGGGAUGUUAAAAUGUUGUUAGCCCUGUUUGGUGUCUCUGUUGGUAAUGUUGUCUGUUAGAAUAAAAGUUCUAUGGUAUAGACGGAUGGUGGAACAGGCAAUUGGUUCUUCCUUGAUUGGCAUCAUUUGCCUUAUUCUCUCUAUUAAAACUUUUUGUACUACAAA